UAUUCGUUGUCUCUAAUUUAUUUCCACUCCUUCAUUGAUUGAUAAAAAUCCAUUUUCUCUUCUGUCAUUAAUUUUAAUUUAUUCAAAUACCUCCCGCAUUUUCCUUUAUAAAAUCUACCUCCAGUCCACCUUCUUUGUAUAAACCAUCCAUCUUCUCUCAAAACAAGCGAGAUGGCUUUGCAUAGAUCGUUAAUAGCUAUGCCCACCUUCUUGUUCUUUUUAUUUACUUUAUCAUCGGCCUUGGACAUGUCGAUCAUCUCCUACGACGAAAGCCAUGCCUCGAAAUCUAGCUGGAGGACCGAUGAUGAAGUUAUGGCUAUAUAUGAGGCAUGGCUUGUAAAGCACGGGAAAACAUACAAUGCUCUAGGUGAAAAAGAAAAGAGGUUUCAGAUUUUUAAGGAUAACCUGAGGUUUAUUGAUGAACAAAAUUCGGAGAAACGGACCUACAAGCUUGGCUUGACCCGAUUUGCUGACCUGACGAACGAGGAGUACCGGUCCAAGUUCCUGGGACUGGGAGCAAGAACUGGUUUUAGGAAGAAGUCGUUGAAGUCAAAGGUUAGUGAUCGUUAUCAGCCCCCUGUUGGUGACAAGCUGCCGGAUUUCGUUGAUUGGAGGAAGGAGGGCGCCGUCGUUGAUGUUAAGGAUCAAGGAAGCUGUGGGAGUUGCUGGGCAUUUUCAACAAUUGCAGCUGUGGAAGGUAUAAACAAGAUAGUUACAGGUGACCUUAUUUCUCUAUCUGAGCAGGAAUUAGUGGACUGUGAUUCAUCAUAUAAUGAAGGAUGUAAUGGGGGUCUGAUGGACUAUGCCUUCGAGUUCAUUAUUAACAAUGGGGGCAUUGACACCGAAGAAGAUUAUCCCUACACCGCUGUUGAUGGGAAAUGUGACAGUUUAAGGAAAAAUGCCAGGGUUGUUUCCAUUGAUGGUUACGAAGAUGUUCCUGAAAAUAACGAAGCAGCUUUGCAAACGGCUGUUGCAAAUCAACCAGUGAGUGUUGCCAUUGAAGCAGGUGGCAGGGAAUUCCAGUUCUAUGACUCAGGUGUAUUUAGUGGAAGAUGUGGUACAGCCCUUGACCAUGGUGUUGCCAUUGUUGGAUAUGGCACAGAAAAUGGAGUUGAUUACUGGCUUGUGAGAAAUUCAUGGGGCAAAAGCUGGGGAGAAUCAGGCUACAUUAAGAUGCAGCGAAAUUUGGUUGGCACGGCCAGUGGAAAAUGUGGAAUUGCGAUGGAGGCCUCUUAUCCAAUCAAGAAAGGCCAAAAUCCCCCAAACCCUGGACCAUCUCCUCCAUCUCCCAUUAAACCACCAACUGUUUGUGACAGUUAUUACAGCUGCCCACAGAGCAGCACCUGCUGCUGUGUCUAUGAGUAUGGCAACUAUUGCUUUGCAUGGGGAUGCUGCCCACUCGAGGCUGCGACUUGCUGUGAUGACCACUACAGCUGCUGCCCUCAUGACUAUCCUGUCUGUAAUGUUCGUUCAGGGACUUGUUUGACGCAGAGCAAGGACAACCCACUGGGAGUGAAGGCAAUGACCCGAAGUCCUGCCAUACCUAAUUGGGCUCAUGGAAGUGAAGGCACAAAGGACAGCGCAUAAGCAGAGGAUGUACUGUUAAGCCUUCGAUGACAAAAGGGUGGCCGAACAGUCAUAUCAGUGCUUGAAUUUGGCUUCUUGAAUGCAUACAGUUAUUUCAACUUUAAUUAGUAUACCUGAAGAAGUGAAAGGUCUAUGAAAGACUAUUAUCAAUGCUGAUUGUGUACAUAACUUAUCUGAAUUGCAUUGAAAACCAUUUGCAGUAA